AUGGCUCCCAAGAUCAUCUCCUCCAAGGCCGAGUUCGACGCCACCAUCAGCCUCCCCGUCGCCGUCGUUGACUUUUACGCCACCUGGUGCGGUCCCUGCAAGGUCAUCGCCCCCUCGUUCGCCAAGUGGUCUGAUAUCUACACCAACGUCGUCUUUGCCAAGGUCGAUGUCGAUGAGCUCCCCGACGUUGCUGAGCAGGCCAAGAUCCGUGCCAUGCCCACCUUCCAGAUCUACAAGAACGGCCAGCUCGAGACCGAGAUUGUUGGCGCCAAGGCUGCCGAUCUCGAGACCGCCAUCUCCAAGGCCAACCAGUAA